AUGAACCAGCUACCAUCAACAACCUACAAAUACAAUAAAGUUGACUGUCACAAAAUUUUCUACAACUUUAAUCCAGGAUUAUCAUGUGAAGACCCAGGUUUUCAGUUUUCGAAACCAAAAUGUAAACUUUCAAAAGUGGAAAUAUGCUCUGAACUCACUGCAAACUGCUCCAACUGGCUCAUUGAACCAGCUCCAUUCCACUCAAUGGUCCAGGAUUUUAAAAUGUUUUGUGGUUCGAAGGCAUAUGAUGCUGCAUGGGUUGCAACUAUUCAGUUCAUUGGUGUUCUUAUCGGAGCAAUCACUUAUGGUCAUCUGGGUGAUCACUUCGGAAGAAAACCUGUUUCUUUCUUCGGAAUUGCUGUUGGAAUCUCGUUUGGAGUGGCGUCAGGAUUUGCACCAUCUUGGGAACUGUUCGCUGCUUUCCGUUUUGUUGUUGGUACCUCGAUUGCCUCGAUUCUCAUUGUCUUCUAUGCAUAUAUUCUGGAAUUUAUUGAGCCAGAGCAGAGAGUUUUCUUGAGAUCUUUCUUCAACUGGGGAUACGCUCGCCUCGUCUUCACCUUGGUCUGUUUCAUAUGCGGAUACUGGAGAUCUGCUGCAAUCGCCACCUCUCUUCUUGCUCUUCCGAUUCUCCCCGUGCUCUUGAUUCUCCCAGAAUCCCCGAAAUGGUACUACACUAAAAAACGAUUCCGAGAUGCCAAGGCUGCAGAUAAACGUGUCGCGUGGCUCUCCGGUAUCCCAUAUGAUAACGAUGAGAAUGAAAAAGUGGAAAUAUCUGAGAAAUUAGAGAAAAAAGACACUAGAAUCUACACAAUGAGAGAUCUUUUCACUUCUUGGCCGAUUGCAUACCGAACUAUUGUAGUGGGAUCUCUGUGGUUUUCAACAAGUUUAUCCGCAUUUGGAUCUGAUUUGAACUCCGGAAAUUUGGCUGGUAACUUCUAUUUGAGUCAAUUUGUUUCAGGUGGUGUCACUGCUUUUGCGAAGAUUUUUGUAUUCCUCCUGGACACCUACGUUCCCUCAUUCGACCGACGACGCCUUCAUCAGUAUCCUCAAAUUGCAAUGAUUAUUUGUUACGCUGCAAUCAUGGUUCUAAUGAUUCUACCCGAAGCGGAUUGUGGCAGUCAGGGAUCUAGGGAUUUGGCUAUAAUCAUUAUCAACAUCAUCGGAGUCUCAUUCAUCGAAAUCACUUGGGAUGCUUGUUAUCUUGUAGCCGUUGAGUGUUUUCCGACAAAAAUCAGAACUAUAGGCAUCGGUACAUGUUCUCUGCUCGCCAGAACAGGUGCUCUCCUUGCUCCUCAAAUGGCAUAUCUCUCUGAUAUCUACCGCCCGAUUCCGUAUGCAAUCGUCUGCUCAAUUGGUACUAUUUCUCUUCUUAUCUCUUGUUUCUUCCUCCCAGAUACAAAAGGAGUUGACCUAGCUGCUUUGGAUCCAACAGAAGAGUUAGAUUAUAAUCGAAAGAAAAGUGUGACUGAGAAUAUUGUGAUACAGAGGAGAAUGACUGGAAUCAUGGCUGCGCCGAGGUUGACGCUUGUUGAAAAUAGUAGUAAUAAUAAUAGUGAUGCAUAA